AUGUUUGAAAUCCCUCCCGCUCUUCCUUUACAAAACCACCUCCAUUUCGCACCCCGUCUCGCUCAGCCACAAGAAUCCAAAAUCACAGAAGAAGAGAGAGAGAGAGAGAGGGAAAGAAGAGAGAGAGAGAGAGACCAUGGCCUCCGCCGUCGUUUGCAAGGGCGAGGGUGCCGCGCCGGCUUCUUCUCGCAGGACGUGCUCGACUCGCUCGGCGCGCCGACCAGCAUGGCCCGUCUGCUGUCUUUGAUGGAGGACGUCGCAUCUCAGACCGGCGGCCUCUCCUCCACUGCUGGUGCUGGGGCGUCGCAGCUCAGACGCUGGGUGGCCAAGGAGGACGACGACGCGGUGUACCUCAAGGUGCCGAUGCCGGGGCUGACCAAGGACCACGUGAAGGCGCGCGCGGACAAGAACAUCCUGGUCAUCGAGGGCGAGGGCGAGAAGCAGCCCUGGGACGGCGACGACGACUCCGCGAUGCCGAGGUACAACCGCCGCAUCGAGGUGCCUGCUGCUGACGCGUACAAGAUGGACAAGAUCAAGGCCGAGAUGAAGAAUGACGUGCUCUGGGUCACCCUGCUCAAGGUCAAGGAGGAGGAGCGCACGGACGUCUUCCACGUCAAGGUCGAGUAGUCCCAGUGGUUGUGCUCAUGGAAGACGCCUUGUUGAUGUGGUCAUGUUUGGUGUCUUUCUUCCUUGUUUUGCUUCGUUGAUCGUCUUGCAUCGAGUAGGUGAAGUUGGCCGCGAACUCUGUUAGUUUCCUCUAGUUGGCCAUAUGAUGAACUUGCUUUGGUGGUGAGAUUGGUCAUGAAAUUCUGUUGAUUUCCUCAAAUUUGGCAUAUGAUGAACUCAUUUGG